AUGGAUGAAAGCUAUUCUGACUAUUCUGACGAGACGGAAUCGACAGUAUUGUCAAAAUGGGAGGACAUACCUGAUGACGAGAAUGGGGUAGCGACAGUGACAGGCGCGUCUUACAGAAUCAACGACGACCCCGGCUCGCCCCGCGGCCACGCCUACAUAUGCCACGACCAGCGCUUUCUAUCCGUCUCAGCCCACCUAAAAGAUUAUUAUCUUUUUCAUUUAUUGAAUUGUUAUGGUGACGAGACGGGUAUUAUCUUGGUGCGGAUGAUAGAAGAUACGCAGCGUCUCAAUCUUCUACUACAAAACCUGGGCUUUUCUCCCACUCCGAUCGAUAACUCGCUUCCCCAAAGAACGCACCUCGCAUUUGUGAAAGCAUUCCACUCGAAGAAACCGGCUCUCCUCAUCACAACUCACGCUGUCGCCAAUGAGCUCAAAAUUCCGCCAGUCAAUUUCAUGAUCUAUUACGAUAUUCCUCCGGAUCGACUGACAUAUAAGGAUCAGACAUCGGAAAGGGUGGAUUUGGAAAAAGGCAAAGUCUUCUCAUUGGUUGCUUCUAAUGAGAUGAAACUAUGGAAUCGCAUUAUUCGUGACCAGGGCUGUGUACCUCAGCUUCCACUCGACAAGGAUGAAGUGCUACGCUUUGCGGACGAAGUCAAGACUGCGCAGAAGUUGGCCGCCCGUGAUCCGUAG